GUUGUUUCCCAUGUUUGGUGUGCUUGUUCCAAAAACCCGGAUUUCUGCCGAUGUGCUGGGCUCCGUGGAACAGCUGCGCCAGUGCGACACGCUGGAAAUUGCGUAUUUCGACGAGGACAUCCAGGUCGUGGUGUACACUCCGUCGUCUGUGACACAGGUAGAGGUCGACCUGAUAUACAACUUGCAAAACACAGCGAGACAGGUGCUCGAUUCCAAAGUCGUCAUAGGGUCGGAUGCCGUGUGGAUACUGGAAACGACUGUGGUGCCCGACAAGCUCUCGAAUCAAUUGCAGAUCAAAGCCUCGUUUCGACAACAGUCGAGAAAGAUCGAAAAUUCAGAGUCCCAGGAUACAGUCACUAUAGGCGACACUGUGCUGACGAAGCGUGUGGACCUUUACGAGCUCGUAACGACCGCCACGUCGCUGCGGAUCAGCCCUGUAUUCCAAAUGCGGUUCAAGACCAUCAAGACGGAAAAAACCAUGGCCUCUUUGGAAGUGGCUCUUUCUGGACAGGUCAGGGCGUCAGAAGUGCCCGUGAGAAUCGAGUCGGUCGAUAUGGACAUCAGAAACUGUCUGUGUGCCGGUUACUCGGUGGUCAAGUAUCCGUUGGUGUUGCAGAACCAUUCUAUUCUGUCCCUCACGUACAGACUAACAAACAACGACAUCAAAUGGGUCAAGCCGGCUUUUGUCACCAUCCAUUGCACGGUCAACGGCAAUAGAAAAGUCGUGACACGCUGGACCACAAAUGUGGAUUUUAUGGCGGCCCCCGUCGUGCCGCCAAUCGCGUCGCCUAAUCUUGGGGUGUUUAAAUCCAGGUCGACUAACUCUGGUUUGAAUCUGUCUAAGAAAAAUAAACUACGAUCCAACUCGUCGGUGACUCUGAACCACUCCAAGAAGAACCUCAGCAUUUCAGUUUCGGGCCAGACCAAAGUCAAGCUCGGAGAGGUGUUCAAAUGGAAGCUACAAUUUAUCAACAAGUCGAACGACUCGUUAUCGCUCAUACUGUACAUUCAAUCAUCGAUCAACAAACAAUACGAAAAAUCGGUGCCACCGAUCCCGAUCCAGAACGCCAAUAAGGCGGACCCCGUCCCACUUUACGGCCUCAACCAGCUGGUGCGGGCUUUCCAGCACGAGUUCAGCAAAGUGGGGCUCAUUUCUCUCACCAACAACCUGAAAUUCACCUUGGACCCAGGAAACUUGUUCGAGACCGAGCUCGAGCUCAUAGGCAUCGAAAAGGGCCUGGUCAACCUCCACGACGUCAAAGUGCUGGAAAUCAAAAGCGGCGAGAUCUUUGAGUGCGGCCGACUGCUUGAUGUCCUGGUCGUCUAGGACUCGAGAGCGUGCUCCAACUCAUACUCGUCCUGAAAGAAAAAACCAAAAUACUUGAACCCUGCUUCGUGAUCAAGAUUGAGGAAGUUUAUCAAAGCGAUCACUUUGCGCAGCACGACACCAGAUCUUUUGUCGCUUGCGAGCUCCGGAAGGCUUUUCAGCCACAAAUAUAGCACAUUCAUGAGUCCACACGAUCCCUCGUUUUGCACCAUUCCUAUAGAAUUCAGCUUAGUCAGCAGGUCGAAGUCGAUCUGCCGCAGCGUCAUAUCUUUCAACAAGGAUAUCUCGAACUCGUUCAACGAGGCCAGGUCCACAACAGACUGCAUUCCUGUUAAUAGAUUAUCUGUUGUGCCUUUCAAAAUAAAGUCAAACGACUGCACUAUGUUCUGAUAUUGCAUUUCUUCGAGCUCAUGUACAGGUUGGAACAGGAUUGAUUUUGAGGACACGGAGAACGCAAGAAACUUGACGAACUCGAAGUUGGCAAACGUCAUUGUGAGUGUUUUGUCGAAUUUCUCGAUUUUGGAGGUGCUGAUCUGGAAUUGGAGCUGUUUAGAUUUUUUUGCCGGCAAAAUGCCGUCGUCGUUCAGCAGCUUGAUCACCGGUUUUCUAAAUAACCGUUUGCGAAUAUCCAGAUGGUACUGCAGCGGCUCCUCUGUGAGGUUGCUCACAGUGACUUCCAACACCUCUUUUAUGCCAGCCACAACGUCGAUAUCGAUCAGCGACGGCGAAACGUCCACGAUCUCCAUCUGGUUGAGGAUUCUGUCCAGCUGAGUUCCGAUCUCGGAACGCACUGCUUUCAGAGCGCCGAAAUCGACCAUUCUCGCAUCCAGCGCAAACUCUGCCACCACUGGCAGAUGGUCAGACCCGCUCACCUCGCAAACGUCGUACGUCAGCUGCUCGAGUCCGUCAUCCGCGCUAUACAGAAUUCUAUCCGUAUAUGAUGGCACACGGGUCUCCUCGUAUUCAAGCGUCUCCGUCACUUUGAACGUGGGGCGAAACCGGAUCUCACCCUCAGAAAAUCCGCUGAAUAUGUUAGCUUUGUUUUUCUGUGAGCGGAGCUGGUCGCUCUCUAGCAAUUUUUCAUAGUCUCCUUUAUAGAUAUACUCAUUGACAUUUCUGUUCUCCAGACGGUAAUUGAGGUCGCCGCUGGCGAAAACUACCUUGCGGCACUCUUUCUUGAAUAUCCUGGAAACUGUCGAGCUGUCGAUUUUCUCAAGCUCUGUCUGACUCAGUUCCGGCUCGCAGACCCGUUCAUCCUGUACAGCCGAUGCUGAGCCCGCAAGUGCUGCAUUUCGAAUCGUUCCUAAACUAUCCUGGACUUUCUUCAAACAUUGGUUUCUUAUCUCCACCGAUAGUUCCUCCUCGCCGUGCGUCAGAUGCAUGUUGAAAACCUGAACACGCACUCCCGCAAGCUUCUCGUCUAUUUGGCCAAUGGAAAAUUGCGUCUCAAUACAGCCCUUGUUGUACCAGUUCAGAUAGCCGAGUCCGACGGUUCGAGAGCUGCAAUCAGAUAUCUGGCCCUCUAUUUCGGCCCUAACUAUCAGCACGCUUGUCAGUCCGAGCAGCCCGUACCGGUGCACCGCCUUGAACUGGCCAGGAGGCAGAGCCGCUAGCAGUCGAUCACACCACUGGUCAAUUACCUUGGGAGAGGCAGCAAACGAAGUCAAUGGGAUCGUCUCCUGAAAUCCCACUAUGUAGAUAUCGGCAUAUCCUUGGUUGGAAGAAAGUAGCUGGCGUAUAUGGUCUAGAGGACAGUCUUCCAUGCACCCCAAGUUCCACGUAAUCAGCUUCACAUAUAGCUUGCGCCACGCAGUCAC